AUGGGUUCUCAGCAAAUAACCCUGUUUGACUUGCCUAGUAAGGAGCCUUGCUCUUCGUGGUCUUUGAACCCGUGGAAGACACGUUUGCUUCUGAAUUACAAGGGCCUUGAUUACAAGACAGAAUGGCUCAAUUAUCCAGAGAUUGCGCCUAGAAUCAGGCCACACCUCCCACCCAACGAAAAGGGCAGAGCGUAUUCCAUCCCCACAAUCCAGUUCCCAGAUGGAAUAUAUGUCAUGGACUCGAGAAAAAUUGCAGAGGCCAUCGAACAGAGACACCCAUCUCCCUCUGUCUACCUGGAUUCUCCCACAGUCCAAAGAAUAGAGCAUCUCGUCCUGCACUCCAUCAAGCCCAUCUACCCCAUCCUCAUGUACAAAAUCUCACAGGUCAUCCUCAGCGAAAAGAGCUACGAUUACUGGGUCAGCCAGUACACUAAGGAGUUAGGCAUGCCCCUCGAUGAAUAUGAGAGCCAAUUCGGCGGCGAGAAAGCCUGGGCGGCGGCCCUGCCGGCCAUGAGUGAGCUGACGGCCAUCUUGAAGGAGAGACAAGCUGAGGGGCCUUUUUUCUUGGGCAAGGACGUGAGUUACGCGGAUUUCGUGUGGCUGGGGGGAUUGGUCUUUGUGAAGCGUACCGAUGAGGGGGUGUUUCAAGAGUUGUUGGAUAGGACGGGGGAUAGAGCCGCGCAUGAGAGGCUUUUUGAAGCAUGUGCGCCUUGGCUGAAGAGAGACGAUUACUGA